AUCGAGGGGUCAGGGUAAAAAGAUUCAAAUACUGACAGGCCACCGAGAGUUCGCAGACCCAGGGCUGGAAAACGUUUGGGAUAAAUUCCAGGAGUUUAACACUGUGUUGUGUCAUGUCUGACCAUUGAACAAGUGACCUAUUCGAGAACAUCGCAGGCACCGAUCUCCAAACACCAAUAGGCUGUGAGAAUGAACAUCGAUGUAGUGGCACGAAUACAGCCGUCUCGCCAACCAGAGCAGGGCCACAACUUACAGAUCUCAGCGGAGGGAAAGACCAUCUACACAGCCUCUGAUGGAGGAGCUGCCUGCAGAUUUCAGGAGAUUUUUGGCCAGAACGCUUCCACACAGGAAUUAUUCACCAGGACUGUGCAGCCCCUGCUCAGUGUGUUCACGGAAGGAAUGAACACCUGUGUUGUGGUUUUCGGCGAAACCAACUCCGGCAAGUUGUACACGUUGGUUGGAGACAAGAAUGAUCGAUUAGCAAUCAUACCUUUGACAAUCGAUUACAUCUUUGACGCACCAUACCUGCAGAAAUUACAGGCCACUGCAAUGUGGUCUCUUUCAAUAUCUAUGUAUGAGAUUUACGCCGAGGUGCUGAAGGAUUUGUUAGACUCGAAUGGGACAGAUCCUGCCAACUUAAAGAUCACAUGCAAUGCACAAGAAGGCACGUUUAUAAAGGGAUUAAACCGUGUCACUGCCUCUUCAGCAGCUGAUGCAAUAUCUAUCUUCCACCAAGGUUGGGCACGGCGCACAGGAGCAAAUGUGGAUUUUGGACCAGCAGAAAGCCAAGCCACUGUUAUCACUCAACUGAACCUACUGGUGCAGGACCGUAAUGAGCUGCACCCAACCAAGUCAAGCCUGCAGAUCAUUGAUCUACCAGGAGCAGAGAAGCUCAUAGAGGAUAAGAAUGUCUUACACAUUCAACAAGGCUCCUUGCUCAACAAGUCACUUCUCGUGUUCACUCAAGUCGUGAGUAAUCUGGCUAACUCCCCCUAUCCAGACAGAGUUAUUAACUACGGUGAAUCCAAAUUGACUCAGCUGACACAAGAUGCUUUUGGAGGCAACUGUAAAACUCGGGUCAUUUGUUGCCUACGCCCGGAGCCAGAAACCCAGCAGCUGGCUGCAAUCUUAAGAACGUGUUCCACCCUCACUCAAGUGAAGAACUUCCCUGUACUGAAUGACAACUUUGUUGAGUCACUGGUGACCCAGUACCGAGCACAAAUCCUGGCAUUGCAACAUUGGUCGGCUGAAGCAAUGGGAACCAAAGAUACAAACGAGAAAGUCGACGCACUCAAGGAUCAGAUUCGUCGGUUGAACAAUGAAAACGCACAGCUACGAGAUAGGAAUGAACGUUUGUAUGACAAACUCGGAGAGCUACAGGGGAGAAUGGGACAGAUGGCUGGAUCAAAAAAUGACCUCUCCUCCAAACUCGUGUUCAGUGAGGAAGAAAAACUGAAGAUUUCCAAGGAUCUGAUUGAUUUGCAAAUCCAGACAAACAAGUUUCGGGAGCAAUAUGAAGCUGAGAACUUUGAGCUGAAGAAUAAGAUUUUAUUCCUUGAAAACAGAACAAUGGAGCUGGAAUUGCAGAAGGACAAAUGUGCACAUGAGUGUCAGAUGGCUAAUGAUCGUCUAAGAGCAGUGGAGAGAAACCAUAAGGAACUGGCAGACGAGUACAUUGUCCUGAAGAGCAAUUAUGUGGCCCUGAGUAAACGGCAUGAAAAUGAGGUCGCAAAAAAUGAUGAGUUGAGCUUGGAGUUAUUAAAUUUGGCCAACUCUAAGAAUUCGCUGACCAGGAACCAGGACGAGUAUGCAAAAUCCCGAGCCAUUUAUGAUGAAGCUACGGCUGAGUUGAACAGAGUAAGGGAUCUUGUUGCUCGGCUCAGUAGCCAGAAGAUGAAGCCUGAAGAGGUAUCCAUUUCUGAAUCUGCGCGUGGCAUGCCUGAAAGAAAUUUGCUAGGUAACCAGGAUCAGAUCAAGGAGCAAAUAGAAAUGAUGAAGCAAACCCACGAGAAACAGCAAAAUGCAAUGGGAGAACAAAUAGCAAAAAUGGGUAAAGAACUUCAAGAGGCCAAAAGAGCUAUUCGAAACACCCAACACAAACUCGCGGAGCAAACAGUGGCGCUGCUCGGUUCGCAGAGUCACCUGAAGGAGGUUGAAACUGAGAACUCUCAGUUACAGCUCCAUCUGAAAGAACUGAACGAGGAAUAUCGCAUGCGGCUUGUUCGUUACAUUGAAGACGUUACUGAAUAUGUGGAUAACACAGUGAAAUCCGGCAGUGACCACACACAGCCCUCUUCUGACCAGCCAUACUUGAAGAGAUUUGUGGACAGCAUGCUAAAGGAUAUUCGAUCUGCCUACAGAUCACGGGAAGAACAACUGACGGCUGCAGCUAGAAACUACAAGAAACGGAUGCAGAAUGUCGUCAAGAAGCACGAACAUCUUUUGAUUGCGUACAGAAUGCAGCGGGAGCAGAUUCUAUCAUCAGGCAUCAAGGAUAUGGACCCCGGCCCCUCUGAAGUAACCUUUGUGAUCGCUGACAGUGAACUGUUGUCCAAACAGAGCCAGGCGCUCAACAGGCUUCGGGAGGACAAAGCCUACCUGGAGGGAAAACUCCAAGAGCUUCAGGAGCAGGUUAGACUGGUUCGGAGUGCACCAGUCAUAUCUUCUUCACUCCUAGAGACUGGUGAGAAAGCAAGUAGCGAAAACUGGAGUGAACUAACGAAACAGCUAAAAGAGUUCACAUUUACUACACAGGAGGAGUUGGAACAUGAACGUGCUCAGUUGAUCUCACGUGUCACAGUUGCUGAGGAGCAGUUAGCUGAACUGCAGGAAUAUGUGGAUAAGCACCUGGGCAGGUACAAGCAGGAAAUUACACGCCUCCGAAAACUGGUUGGAACUGAAGUACCAAGAGCAGUCAGUGCUGAUGUUAUCCAUCAGUAACUUCCUUGGUAAUUGCACAGGAUCCUCAACCCUGAAGCCGAAGUUACCCCUGAAGUCACCAAGAAUUUUCUGAGUUUUUGGAAAAUGGAUGUUGUGAUUAGUAAAAUAACAUAGCAUUUUUGCUGACACUGUGCAACAGCAAUAAAAGGUACUUGUAUUAUUUAUAGUCUGUACACAGAAUGAGACUGCGUUCCACCAUGUCCAAGUAAGCUUGUUCACAGACUAGACUAUAUACAUAGGAACAGGAGAAAGCAAUUCAGCUCUUCAUAUCCAGCUGACCUUGACUUCUGCAAUACCUGCCUUGAUUUCGUAAGCAUGAAUAUCCCUGCCUAACAAAUGUCUUACCAAUCUCGGAUUUGAAAUUUCUAGUUGACCUCCAGCUUCAGCAUCUUUUUGGAAGUUCCCAAUUUCCACAAAUUUGACAUUAACUGUGAAAAGCUAGCUCUCUGUAAUUAUCCCCUUGAAUAUGCUUGAAUCCUACUCAACAGAUUCAUUGGAGACCUGCAUUCAACCACAGGUAUCUAGAAACUAAACCAUUCUAAAAUUAAAAUCAGCAUUCUUUCUCAAAUUUCCACAUUCAUUUUUAUUAUUGUGUCUGUGUAUAUAUAAAAUAUAUAUAUUUCCUCAUGAAAUCAUUUCUGACUGAAGCACAUUAUCAGAUCAGAUUCUUGUUGAAAUGCAUUUCCUGUCUGACUCCCAUUUUACUGUGUGCAGACCAGUUCAUAUGCAGAAUAAUGGAUAGAUAGAUGUGAUUACAAGCCAGCAAUCGCAUUGUACAGUUUACACAACAUCAUUAACUACAUGGGGAACUAAAUGCCUGAUUUAGGAUGAGAUUAGCCUUGAAAUCAAUCCAUUAGAUCAGAUUCCCUACAGUGUGGAAACAGGCCCUUCGGCCAAACAAGUCCACACCGCCCCAUGGAGCAUCCCACCCAGACCCAUCUCCCUAUACCCACACGUCCCUGAACACUACGGGCAAUUUAGCAUGGCCAAUCCACCUAGCCUGCACAUCUUUGGACUGUGGGAGAAAACUGGAGCACCCGGAGGAAACCCACGCAGACACGGGGAGAAUGUGCAAACUCCGCACAGACAGUUACCCAAGGCUGGAAUCGAACCUGGGUCCCUGGCGCUGUGAGGCUGCAGUGCUAAUCACUGAGCCACUGUGCCGCCCCAAUCCAUGACAGCAAUUUUUCUCUUGCCAUAUAUCCAAUGAAAUUAUUGGUCUAGUUUUUGUUCUAUUUUACUUGAAUUUAUUUUGCCAAUUCUAAUGGUAAAAUGGACAGUAACAUCCAGCACAAACUGUCAUCCUUCAAUUUAAAAACUGAGGUAUAAUUAUGAAUUGUUAAGACACAUGCAAAUUGAUCAGUGAAAAUAUCUGUACAUAUAUUGUGUCGAAUAAUAGAGUAAAUGCAAUUAUAUCAGAUGUCAUUCUGAGAUUUUCUCCCAACUGCAGAAACAUUAAAGCCAACCAAAAUUAAUCCCUUGUUCCCUAUUUUGAGAUAUAAUUACCCAGGGCCAAGAUGAUUACUUUCAAACACUUGGAUGUUAUAAUGUGCAGAAAAUUUCCUUAGCCAAUUGAACAGGAAAUUCUGAUAAAUUUUAAUCACUGAAAAUUGUAGACGCUUGGAAAGUUGGUUUAUGUAGCACAAUUCAAAUUUUACAACUUAACAUGUUUAGUUGGUCAACUUAGAAUGUUCUCAUGCUGCCUUCCAGCUGUCUUCGUAUGCUUCCUUUUCCAAUCAGUGAAUUUCAUGGACAUAAUUUAAGUCAACCUUUUCUGACCUAUUAUUGCACACCUUUGGAACAGGUGGAAGUUGAACACAGCUCUCCUGGCCCAGAGGUAGGGAUGCUGUCACUGCAUCAUAGAAGUUUGUUAAUUAUGUUAUUAUGCAGCCAAAUUGUUUAAUGGAGAACUAUUAACUCUCCCCUUAACUCAGACUAGGGCUAAACAAGGAAUUCCUUCCAAUUGUAUGGUGAAACUACUUCUGGGCACAUUUAAUCAACCUGUUUAGGCAUGCUCUAGAGACUCUUGUGACAUAUUGGUACCAUCCUUACUUCUGAGCCAAAAGGCCAAGAUUCAAGUCUGACCUGAUCCAUAAGUGUGUCAUAACAUUUGUCAACAGGUUAAUUAGAAAAUAUAUAUCUUGAUCAAGAGGAAGGACAACUCUCACUUCACAAGAGUUCUAGGGGAGCUGUUUCUAUUAUUGGGCCUUUUAAUGAAAAACCAACCAGAGAUUGGUCAUUUGCACCCUUGCCACCUCUGCAAUAUGUAAUAAUCUUGCACUUUUCAUAUACAUUUUAACUCCCCUGGUUAAAUCAUUAUUUCUCUCAACUAGAAAUGGCAAGGAAAUGUUGAUUUAUAGUAUAUUGUCCUUUCCAACCGUCUUGCCACCAUCAAAAAUAUUAUGUAUUUUAGCAGACUUGCAGUAAAUCUUCUCCUCAGAGAUAUUCAAUGAUUUACAAUAAGCUCCCAUUUGAACUAACAUCCUUCUCCGUUAAUCGAUCUCGGCUAUCCACUUGUCACUGCAAUAACACUAAAGCAAGAAUGUUUUUUCUUUCUAAAAAAAUUCCUACUUCCUUAUUUUGAGAACCUAAAAAUGUUUGGUGACGACAUUGCUUAAUUGUGAAAAUAAUGAGAAAAGUUGGUGCAGUAGAUAAGGAGGUUUGAGUGGAACAUAAUUGUUAUGUGGACCAUAUGGGCUGAAUGGCUUACUUUUGUAUCUUACACAGGAUAUCUAUCGUGUGGAAGCAGGUCAUUUGGCCCAUUCAGUCCACAUCAAUCCCCCAAAGAGCAUCCCACCCAGGCCUACCCACCUACUCUAUCCCUGUAACCCUGCAUGUUCCACAACUAGUCCUCCUAGUCUGCAUAUUCCUGGACACUGGACAAUUUAUCAUGGCCAAUCCACCUAACCUGCACAUCUUACGACUGUGGGAGGAAAUCCAUACAGACAGGGGGAGAAUGGGUAAACUCCAAUCAGACAGUUGCCCAAGGCUGGAUUUGAACCCAGGUCCCUUGCACUGGGAGGUAGCACUGCUAACUACUGUGCCACCAUGCUCCCCCUCACUCUACAUUAAAUCGGUUUUAAAAUAUAUAUGUCAUCCUGGGUGCCCGCAUCCAAUAACAUGUAGUAGCACUGACAUACGUUGCCUGAUGACAGCCAUUCUAAAAGUUAUAAUAAACUGGAGAGACUAGCACACUAAUUACAAUAUUUAGGAAUACAAGCGUAUGUUUUAUCUCAUUAAUACUUUAAUUAUAGUGAACAGGCAAAUGCUAUAUAUCUACAUUACAUGACUGGAGUCAGCCUGGUUUAACCUUGGACAUCCGGAGAUUGAGGCAAAUGCCUGAAUCUUACACGGGAGCUGGCCAAUCUCUGCCCACUUCUCAAUCCUCCCCGGCUGAAAUUUAGGAGAAUCUGCCCCACAAUUAAGAUGCUACUUACUAAUGAGAGCAAUGACGUUGUUCUAAGACCUCCUCUGUGGUCUCAGAAGGAAGUCCUACCUGAGCGGGUUGCUGUCCAGUUGGAUGGCUGCAGCUCUAUGGUCUCAGUAGUGUCAGCCAGGAGUAGUUGCCACUGCUGGGGUCACAGGUCAUCCCAUCAGACUCUUCAUAAUCCCAGCAGAUAUUGGGAGAGGGUGUGUGUGUGUGUCCAUGUUGGGAGGGUGCUGGGUUUAAGAGACCAGAGGGUAAAACAGGGAUAAACCACGGUCAGGUCCCUCCUAUUAGCCCAGGCAUCUGAAAAGGAGGCUGCCUAAGUCUUUCCUGAUGCUCGCCGGUGUAGCUAAAGAUGCUAGGCCUUCGACAGUGAGUAAGCCAACUCUCUCUUUGUGUGAAAUACUGGUUUUGACUAGAUCUGCAGACUGUAAGCCUCAUCUCAUAUCUCAACCUGAUUUCUCUGUCUGGUACAUCUUAGUUAUAUUUAUGUCGCCACACGAAUAGUUUAUAACAAUUUUAUGUUUACAUACUCAAGCCAUUUGAUGCUGCUCAGACUGGAGGGUCAGUUGUCUACAGGAACACCAGGGAUCUGAAGUGACAUUGUAACUAUGUACUGUAUAGUUAACCCAUAUUCUUUCUGCUUUUGUGCCAUUCCAAAUAAACCUUUCUGUAAAACAAAA